AUGCUUAUGAAUUCAGUACGGCGAGAUCAAUUUGGAUGGCUUUCUUGUUCAACAGGCUCGCCAAUUUCAACUGUCAUAGUUUCUGAGAUACCAGAAGCACAAUGUCGAAAUACCACCUUAAAGGGUUCAGAAAAAAGAAAUUCUCAUCCUCAUGGUGGCCCACCUGGUCAUCAACGUCGUGGAAGUAAUGAUAGUAAUGAAAGAGGCGGUGGACACGGACACGGACACGGACAUGGUCAUGGACCUGGACAUAAAAAAUGA